CCCCAGCAUCAUACGGAGACUGAAACAGUGCUGAUUUACCAAGCUCUGACCAAGUUCCCUAUCUGAUCAGCAGUCUUAUGGCAAACAUUCAACUAUACGUCGCCAGCUGUGUGCUGCUGCUGUCCCUGAGCUGGCGCACAUCCGAAGCUCUCCCGGUGCCCGCACCGAGCCCGGGGACCGGCGGUCAGUGCGCCGACUUCUACAAGAUGCUCCUGCUGAACAUCUCAAAAGCUCUGGACAGCAUUUAUUUGAGUGAUGGUAUCCAAUCGGAAAAAAUUGAGAUGAGGAAUACUGGGGAGACAGUACUGGCCUGUGCACCCACUCUGACUCAGAACUUAGGUUGCGUGACACAGAGAAAUUCUUCCUUCAGUGAGAGUGAAUGUCUGAAGAACAUAAAGAAGGACCUGCUCUACUAUCACGCAGCGAUUGCAUCUUACCUCACAGGUCCUCUCAAAAAUGGUCCAGAGGAAAUUAGACUUCUGAGCCCAAUCGUGGAAAUCACAAAGAAUCUCACAGAGAACUGCUUUCCGCAGCUGGACGUAGAGAACCUGCCCUCAAAGGAUGCCAAAGUGUGGGGCAAUGAGUCCUACAACAACCGGCUGGAGAUGAAUAAGAUGAUGAAAGGCUUCCACAUCAGAGCCAUCACUAUCAACCGAGCCAUUGGCUACAUCUCCUCGGGAGACCACAGGAAGUAAACGUCCUGCAACCUCUUCGACUUCAGCCUCAUCAAAUAAUAGCACAACAAAUAUCAAAUCUCUAUUAUCACAUCAGAACAAGCUGUCCUAAUUAGUCACUACCAUCUCUUUCAACUACUGACCAAGUUCUACAAUGUACCUGCUGCACAACUGUCUGCACUGAAGGAA